UCCACGGAAGUUUACAGGAGGCUCAUUCAUAAAAAAAAUCAAAGAAAAAGUGAGGGAUCUGAAGUGGGAGAGAGGGAGUGGGCGAGCGGAGCCCGGACACACAGAGGGCGAGCGGAGCCCGGCAGCAGCCGACCUGGGCUCGGUCCCGCUCGCUGAGUCUCUCCGGGGAAGAUGCGGUGGAUCGGGCGCUCGGGGGCCGUGGCUCUGGGCUGUUGCCUGAUCCUCGCUCUCCUUCCCCGGCAGGCGAAGCCCGGCGUCAGCGGCACCCCCCGAUCGGCUGCGGGGAGAGCGGGAGUGCGGGCGGCGAGGAUGAAUGUGUGUGGUGUGGCGUGCUGCAGAGGAUGGGCAUUUGGACCGCAGACUGGAAGAUGCACAAAGCAAAUAGCCUGCAAGUCUAAUCAGCCAGAUGCAAAGGAAAGAGGGAGUGAAAUUAGCCAAAUGGAAUUCAGGAGGUCCUGUGGAAAGUGCAGAAGAGCAGCACUCUGCUUCCCACGCUGUCGUAACGGUGGAUUUUGUCAGCGGCCACAGACCUGUGCAUGCAAGCCUGGCUUUGAGGGAAGGCGCUGUGAGACUAAGAUCACCCUGCAGAACCAAUUGAACUCCACAGUUCCCUCGACCCAGCCUCGGUCUCUGGAAGGACUGUCCGCAGGCAGUAGCAUGAAGGGAGAGAGAGGGCCAGGGGAAAGAAAAGCAGCCAGCUCCCACUACAUUGUCCGGAAGAAAGCCUCAGUCCGACGGCAGCCACUAUUAGUGAAGCAGGCUCAGACCAUGUUACUAAGGAAGCUCUCCCCGUCCAGCAAACUACCUGUAGCUGCCAAGAGUCAGUCACCGCACAUCACAAAGAGCCAGGGCAACAAGACAAGCAUGAGGAUGGCUGGGCGCAGUCAGCCUACAGUAAAACAAUCCAAGCUGAAAGUUCUCUGUACACUUCGAUGCCAGAAUGGAGGAAUGUGUGUGCGAAGAGAUCGAUGUCGCUGCACACCUGGCUUCACUGGAAGGCUCUGCCAGAUUCCCACUUCAUCUACCAACAGCCAAGUUCUCGUCAGCUUCCCAACUGAGGAGCCGGGCUCAAUAUCCAAACCUAGGAUACAAAGCGUGUACACCCUGCCUCUCUCUAAUCAACGGCUCCAAGACCAAACAGAUCAACGGAUGCCAUCAAUUGUUAAUCUACGAGUUAACCACCCUCCUGAAGUGUCUGUGAAAGUUCAUCGGGUCUCACAGGUAGAUGGAGGAAGGAACAGCAAUUCCGCUCAGCAAGGCAUCGUACAGGGGACCAUUCAGAGGGCACUGCAAGAUCAGGCAAUGCAAGAUCAACUGGGAUCUCUCACGGUCAUUCCACAGUCUAGUGGUGACUACCCGUUUGGCUAUUGCUUCACCGAGAUAACAAAUGGACAGUGUGCUGCCCCUUUGACUGGGCUGCGGACCAUGGAGCAUUGCUGCCGAGGAGGUGGUGUGGGCUGGGGAGUAACCGAGUGUCGCGAGUGCCCCAUGUCUCCAGAAAAUGAAUGUCCCCAAGGAUUUCAGAAAAUGGUUGAUGGUGAAUGUCAAGACAUCAACGAGUGCACCUCGCCAAGAAUCUGUCAGAAUGGCAAGUGUGUGAACGUGAGAGGCAGUUACGGCUGCUUGUGCAACCCCGGCUAUGUCCAGGACACUUCCAAGAGCCGGUGCAUCUCACAGCAGGUUAUAUCAUUGACCAGAGGACCCUGCUACCGUAUUUGGAGGAGCGGAUCCUGUUCCCUGCCAGUAGUCCAGAACAUCACCAAACAAAUCUGCUGCUGCAGUCGUGUAGGAAAAGCCUGGGGUCCCAACUGCCAGAGGUGUCCUUCUCCAGGCACAGGUGCUUUCCGGGAAGUCUGCCCCGCAGGACCUGGCUACCACUAUACCAGGUCAGACCUCCGAUACAUCAACCGGGUGAUCGAAGAGCGUAGCCAAAGUAGAGAACCUGUGGAUCAAGUGCGGCAAACCACCACCCUGGCACCUCGCAUCCAACACACUGUGGCUCCCAGGUUGAGACUGACGACGAGUGUUGCCAGGAUACAUACAACUACCACCACAGCCCAGCCUCGGAGCACAACCCCAGCUCCUGAGCUUCACAUCUGCCUCCGAGUUCCACAGGUUUGUGGUCCAGGACGCUGCGUGAUGCGACAGCAGGAUUACACGUGUGUGUGCAACACGGGGUUCCAGCUGAAUGCUGAGCGGUCACGUUGUGUCGAUACAGAUGAAUGUGGACAAAGGCCUUCACCCUGCCCCAAUGCUCGGUGUGAGAACAUGGUUGGCAGUUACCGUUGUGUGUGUUCCAGAGGAUUUGCGGCCAAUUCCCAUGGCACAGAUUGUAUUGAUAUUGAUGAGUGCUUGGAUGACUUCACCUGUCCAAACUCUGAGUGUGUGAAUUCCAUUGGAUCAUUCCACUGCCUCCCCUGCCCCACAGGCUACCAGAUCCGGAAUCGAAAGUGUGCAGAUAUCGAUGAGUGUGCAAAUGGUGCAACCUGUGGAGAGGCUGGGAUGUGCGUGAACACUGAGGGCUCCUAUCAGUGCACUUGUAACCCUGGAUACCGGCUGAGUGCUGACGGCAACCAAUGUGCAGAUAUCAACGAGUGUUUUGAAGGAGAUUUUUGUGCCCCAUAUGGAGAGUGUUUGAACAGUGCGGGAUCCUACACCUGUCUCUGUGCUGAGGGAUUCACCACCUCUUCUGACCUAUCCACUUGCUUAGAUGUUGAUGAGUGUACUACAGCCGGCCGCUGUGACAGAGGACACUGCUCCAACACUGUUGGUUCGUUUGAGUGCUCGUGUGAACCUGGAUUCCGAGUUGAUGCAGAUCGAUCUCAGUGUCUGGAUCUGGACGAGUGUGUGGAAUACCCAACUAUCUGUGGCUCCAAACGAUGUGAGAACAGCCCCGGCUCCUUCCAGUGCAUCACAGAGUGUGGUGUGGGAUUCCUGCUGAGCCCUGCCCAGGACUGUAUCGAUAUAGACGAGUGCAGCAAUGCCACGAUCUGUGGACCGAAUGCCUACUGUCAGAAUGUGGCAGCAUCAUUCCAGUGUCACUGUGACCGCGGUUACCAGAUGGCAUCAGAUGGCUCACGGUGUGUGGAUCUGGAUGAGUGUGUGGAAUACCCAACUAUCUGUGGCUCCAAACGAUGUGAGAACAGCCCCGGCUCCUUCCAGUGCAUCACAGAGUGUGGUGUGGGAUUCCUGCUGAGCCCUGCCCAGGACUGUAUCGAUAUAGACGAGUGCAGCAAUACCACAAUCUGUGGACCGAAUGCCUACUGUCAGAAUGUGGCAGCAUCGUUCCAGUGUCACUGUGACCGCGGUUACCAGAUGGCAUCAGAUGGCUCACGGUGUGUGGAUGUGAAUGAGUGUGAGACCAUGCAGGGUGUGUGUGACUCUGCGGCUUGCGAGAAUGUACCUGGUUCAUUCUUAUGUAUCUGCCUGGACGAAAAGGAAGAAUUCGACCCCAUAACAGGACGAUGCAAUAGUCCAGCUGUGCACGCAGCGCCUGCAAGGGAGGAGAAUGAAUGUUACUACAAUCUGAAUGAUGUGCAGCUGUGCCAGAAUAUCCUGGCGCACAACGUGACACGGCAAGAGUGCUGCUGCACCGUUGGUGAGGGAUGGGGCAAAGACUGCCGAAUCUACCAGUGCCCUGAGUAUGACUCGGAUGAAUAUCGGUCUCUGUGCCCUUGGGGGCGAGGAUUUCUUUCCCUUCCGCGCCCAACAUUUGGAAGAAGUUACAUGGAUGCUGAUGAAUGUUCGCUCUUUGGGUCGAAGGUCUGCAAGAAUGGUGUCUGUUUGAACACAGUUCCCGGUUACUCCUGUUACUGUCCGAUUGGAUAUUAUUAUCACUCCACCCUCCUCGAGUGUAUUGAUAAUGACGAGUGUGAAGAUGAAACUGCUUGUGACAAUGGCGAUUGUGUGAACACAGUGGGCUCCUAUUACUGCUCUUGUCGGCCUCCCCUCAUCCUCGAUGUCUCACUUCGCAGAUGCACCUCCAACAGCAGUGAGCAGUUUGAUGUCCACAUGGCUCUCUGUUGGCAAGAGGUGGGCCGCAACUUAUUGUGUAAACGGCCAUUCCUGGAGCGACUGACAACCUACACAGAAUGCUGCUGCCAGUAUGGCGAGGCCCUGGGGAUGGAUUGUGCCCUGUGCCCCACCAGAAAUACAGAAUAUCACAAUGCAUUGUGUAACUACCUGAGUGCUCCCAUUGAUGAAGAUGACGGUUACCCUUAUGGCUUGGAAUAUGAAAACUAUGGAUUGCCGUUUGGAGCUGAGCUCACUCCAGAUUCCCUCAGGACCUAUGAUACCCGAGAGUAUGACGCUGCCCCACCUCCACUCAGUGACGGACGAGGGUCCAGGCCCUCGGAGCUCGAGCUGUUCCCAGCUCGAGACCCUCUGGGUAGCCGCACACUCUAUGAGUCUCGCCGACAGCGCUCAGGACCAGUCAACAAUGAGCAGAGCUCGCCCUCUCGGUCUCGCUACCAGCCUCGAGCCAGGCACACUGGACGUGGCUACAGCACAAGGAGUACCCAGGUUAGCCUGCAUGAGCUGCAAAAUCGGCAGCCGGACCCUGCACCGGACUUCCAUCCUCCUGUCCGCCCACGCCUCGUCAGCAGCAAUGAGGAGUAUGACACCCAGUACCAGCAGUACAACAGCCUGCAAUGUGGAAUUCUGAACGGCUGUGAGAACGGCAAGUGUAUUCGUGUGCCUGAAGGCUUCACCUGCGACUGUGACGCUGGCUACAGACUCGACAUGACCAAGAUGACGUGUGUUGAUGUAAACGAGUGUGACGAAGUUGAGGAUCCCACAGUCCUUUGCAGGAACGCCAAAUGUGUUAACACGGACGGCUCGUAUCGAUGUAUCUGCUUACGGGGUUACGUGUUGUCACGGCAACCCAAUUACUGCACAACUGCGCGGGGGAGUGUGAGGGGAACAGGCUUGUGAAACCAAAGAUUCAGAAUAGCAAUCAGUUCCACGCUUAAGAGACAAGUGGCACAUUGUUGAAUAAUCAAGGUGGGAGGUAUUUAUUUUACUGCUAUUUAAUUGAUAUUGGGAGAUGUGGGAAGGAGCGCAAUUAAUGGCCCAGGCUAUAAAAUGAAAGCACUUGAACCUUGAGUCUUUAACUGGGAUUGUACUGGGCUUCAGUCCAGCAGCUCUGCAUUCUGUCAAAACCUGACCUGCUGGCAGUAACUGUUGCUUGUUUAUAAAGGUCCAGAAUCAUUAAACAGUAUCUGGUCUGCAUACAAUGAAUUAAUUUAAUGCAGUGUUUUUGCUGAAUCUGUUUUACUCAAAGAGACCACACUGAUAGCUUCCUCAGUUUAGCCUACAGUUUCUGAUCAGCAGGCUCAGGAUGUCUCACUAUUUAUUUAGUGAGGUUAUAUAUUUAGCAACCACCUUUCAGGUUUCAUCCCUCCUUCCCCUGCCAGAGAGACUCCUUUACAUUGCUGUAGUGCAGACACUGUCCCAUUGAGGCUGAUAGAUUAAGCAGCCUAUGCAAGCUUGAUGGUCAAUUGCUACUGACUCACAUCUUGCACCUUCUUCCCAAGGGAAAUCAGAGGGCCCUAUUGAAUCACCAAAGGCAGGACAUCAAACUUUGGUCUUGUAAUUCUGAACUCAUUGUUACUGAACAUCAAGCAACACCCAACCCUUAAGGGAUUGGAAAUGUGAUAAAAAUACUUGGAAUCCAUUUGAGAUUUGCCAUAAAUUUAGGCUAUGGACUGAUCUGGAAUUUACACAACCCAUCCAGCCACAAGGAACACAAAAUCUGCCACUGAAAUCAAAAGUGUAAGCCUGCCACUGUAUUUUAAGACCUUUGUUACUUUAAAUUCCUCCUUUUGCUCAGUUUAUGUACAUCAUCACCUCUGAAGGAAUUGGGGUAUUUUUUGCAAUAGCACUGGACCUUGGGUUUUCAUCCUGGUUCUCAGCUGAGUUUGGUGAGAGUUCAGGGAUUCAUGGUGUGCAGUGGGGGUCAGCAGUUGUUAUUCAAUUAUGGGAUCUGGGUGUCAUUGGCAGGACCAGAAUUAUUGCCUAUUCUUCAUUGCCCUUGAGAAGGUGGUGAGAGCUGUCUUCCUGCUAGUGGAGUCCUUUUGGUGAAGGUCCUCCCACAAAGCUGUUGGAUAAGGAGCUCCAGGAUUUAGAGCCACCACUGAAGAAAGAUGAAGGGGUGGUAAUGCCAGUAAUUCUUGCCCUUAGCAUUUGAAGGAACACCAAGAGGAAGGGGCUGCAUUGGUCAGCAUUCUUCCCACUCCCCAUUCUCCAUUAACUGUGCAGUGAUACCAUCCUAAACACUUCGAUGAUAAAGUGGCUUCCAACUCCGUUCCAUUUCUGCCCAUUCAGGUAACACUGGAGAGUCAAACAGCAGAUCGAUAAGGAGGGAUAGAUUCAUCCUUAUUCCCUACAUGAAGGAGGCACUGACACUGUGGUACCUCUAACUAUUUCCUGAGCUCAUUCUCGGAGAUUGCUCCAGUUACCCUCAUGGGAGGAAACAUUUCCAUUUCUCUGUGAUGUGUCUGUGGAGAGAUCAAGACACUGGGAUCAGAUUCUGAAAGGCAAUGUUUACCAGUAGGCAAUCCCAAGCUAUUCAGAAAGAAUACAAUUGCUGCAGUAUUUGUAGCUAGAUUUAGUCCAUGCAGUCUGUGUUGAACAAGCCCAUGUUUCACACUGUACUUUGCCUACAUUUUUCUGAAUAUCCCAGAUUUAGAAUAGCGCAGGACCGAGGGACAUCCUCACAAUAUUCCCACAAAUUUUGUCGCCUGUACUAAUGCCUAUGAAUAUCAUUGUACUUUCACUAUAAAUGCUACAUCUUUUGUAUAAGUUUAAGAAAAAUGAGGGCAUAUUCCCAGCCUGAUGUACUAUCUCUCUACUUUGUUAAUCAAUCACCUCACAUUA